GUUGUAGUCCUAUUAUAUUGUAAAGAACGUUGCUUUUAGAAGACGUGGUCCUAGUUGUAAAAUUCUUUGUUGUUAGAAGAGGUGGUCCUAGGCUCCUAGCUGUAAAGAAUGUUGCUGUUGUAGUCCUUUAUGGUCACUCGGAUUAUUUUACCGUGAAGAUGUACCAUGGGGGUUAUUUUAAGGAGAACCAAUAUAUAGGUGGGAAGGUGUCCUAUUAUGACUAUGUUGAUAAGGACAAGAUGUCACUUGUGGAAGUUGAAGGUAUGGUUAGGGGGUUGAACCAAGACUAUAGUGGAAAGAGGAUAGAUUAUUGGUAUAAGGUUGGGACUGAGGAUGAAGCUUUAACAAAGCUUUCCACUGAUCUUGAUGCUAUUACAAUGUGCUUGUGUGUUCCACAAAUUAGGCUUGUUAUUAUAUACUUGGAUCAUUGGGAGCUUAAGAGGGACUAUGAAGAGAUAGAUGAUGAUGAGGAUGAUGAGCUGUUUAUGUAUGAAGAAGAUGAGUUCCAUGAUUUUGCUUAUAGUCAAGCUGGUUCAUGUGGUGUUGUUAUCGAAGAAUUACCGGAUUCACCGAGGAGGAAGCCAGGGGUAGUGAUAACGCAACUUCCAGAUUCACCGAGGAAAGAUGUCCCGAGUAUGACAGCAAAGAAGGCUUCUGGAAUUGUGAUAAGGGAGUUGGAAUGGCAUCCAACUGUGCCUACUCAAGCUAGCCAAGUGGGAGUGCUUGAUCCUAAAGACAAAGGUAAGAAAAAAAUGGUGGAUGAAGGACCUGAUGCCACCAUGUUUGCUGACCUAGACAACCUUGUGGAUGUUAAUGUGUCCACCUAUGAAACAAGGAGCUCCAGAUCUAGUGUACCUAAUGAAGAGGAUGGUGGUGCUUAUGAUUCCAAUGAUUCUGAAGGUUUGCUAUAUGAGGACAGUUCAGAAGAUGAAGACUAUGAUCCUGAGUUUGACAAUGAAGACUAUAAUGAGUAUGGUGUAGAUGAUGAUUGGAUGGGUGACAUGGAAACAGAGUUUAAUGAUAUGGGUGAGUGGAUUGGAGGAGUUGGUGGAGGGUCCAAUGCUGCAAAUAUGGAUAAUGAGGGAGGUAUGCAAGAUGAGGACAAUGAACCAAUGUAUGGAGCAAUAGAUUCUGAUGAGGAAUGCAUUGGGAAAGAAGCUGACUCAGAUGGAGAGGAAGAAGGGGAUGGAUUCCCAGAGUUCAACCCUAAAACUGAUAUGGUCAACCCUCAUUUUUGCAAAGGCAUGAAGUUUGCAACUGCAAAGAUUUUGAGAGCUGCCAUUAGAGAGAGAGCAAUUCAGAGAGGGUGGGAAGCUGUGUUUGUGAAGAGUGACAGAUUAAGAAUUAGGGUGAUCUGUAAAGCUGAAAAUUGCCCUUUCGAGUUAUAUGCCUCUAGAAUGCAGCACGAGGACACUUUGCAGAUCAAGACCUAUAAUCCAGAACACACUUGUGCUAGAGUGUAUGCAAACAGCAUGAUUAGGACACCUUACUUGACAGAGAAAUUUGCUGAGCAGAUUAAGCUCAACCCAAAUUGGGGGUUAGAAUCACUUGCACGAGCAAUGGCAGCCACUGUCAAGGCAAGAGUGUCAACUCAGCAGGCUUAUAGAGCAAAGAAGGCAGCCUUGCAGCUUCUAGAAGCCUCCAUCAAAGAUCAAUAUGCAAGAAUAAGAGACUAUGCAGCUGAGCUUAAAAGAGUGGACCCAAACACAACCAUAGACAUCAAGUGUGACUUCUUGGAUGAAGAGCAAUUACCUGUGUUCAAGAGAAUGUAUGUGUGUUUGGGAGCACUAAAGAUGGGUUUCAGAGCUAGAUGUAGGUCAAUACUUGGGCUAGAUGGUUGCCAUUUGAAGAGCUGUUAUGGGGGUCAGCUAUUAACUGCUGUGGGAUUAGAUGCAAACAACACAACUUGGGUUUUGUCAUAUGCUAUGGUAGAAAUGGAGAGUAAAGAUAGCUGGGAAUGGUUUCUGGACCUUUUAGUGAAGGAUCUAAACAUAAGGGAUGAAGGAGCCGGGUGGACCUUCAUAUCGGAUAAACAAAAAGGAUUGUUACCAGCUUUUGCUAAAGUCAUGCCACUUGCAGAACACAGAUUUUGUGUUCGACACUUAUGGACAAACUUCAACAAGUUGUUUCCGGGCAAGGUGUUAAAGGACCAGCUUUGGGCAUGUGCAAAGUCAACUAUCGAGAACUAUUUUAUCAAGGAAAUGGUCCUGAUGAAACAACUGGAUCCAUUGGCAUAUGAUUGGCUAUCACAUCCUGAAAGGCCAUCGAAGCACUGGUCUAGGGCAUACUAUAGCACUCACCUUAAGUGUGACAUCCUGUUGAAUAACUUGUCCGAGAGCUUCAACGCUUUUAUAGUACCAGCAAGAUCAAAGCCAAUUGUAAGCUGUUUUGAAGAAAUAAGGGUUAAGCUCAUGAGGAGGAUCCAUAUGAGGAGGGAAAAGAUGCAAAGAUUAGAAGAUACAAUCUGCCCCAAACCGAGGGAGCUCUUAGAGAAGAACAAGGUCAAAGCUGCAACAGAUUGCAUUCCUAGUGGAUCGGGUGGACCUGAAAUUGAGGUUGAGAGCAUAGGGGGCAGCAAAUACGUGGUCAACCUUCAAGCAAACACUUGUGCAUGCAGAAGAUGGGAUUUAACUGGCAUCCCAUGUAAACAUGCUAUUGCAGCCAUCAAUUACAUGAGGCAAGCCCCUGAGGACUUUGUAGAUCAUUGCUACCUAAAGAAGACAUACAUGGCUACUUACAACAACACAAUCAAACCUGUUAAUGGUAUGGAUCUGUGGUCAAAGAGUGCUGAACCUCCAAUUCUUCCCCCCCAAUACACAAGGCAGCCGGGGAGACCAAGAACAAAGAGGAUCAAGAGUGCAGCUGAGAAGGCAGAAAUUGGAGGUAUAAAGCUUGGCAAGGUGCAGAGAUCUCUCAAGUGUAGCAACUAUCAUGAAGUUGGCCACAAUGUCAAGACUUGUCAAAGACACUUGCCACCCAAGAACAAGACCUCAACAACCAGUGACAAGAAGAGGAAGUUAGAUGAAUCAACAUCCGGAACUCAGACCAAUACUAAGAGAAAGGAGCCAUUGACAAAGAAUGACCUGAGGAAGAAGGUACAACUUAGGGCAGAUAAGCUUAAGAAAAAGAGAGAUGAAAAGAAGGCAACAAUAGCAAGAGCAUCAAAUGCUUCAGGGAAGACAAAGGGUAGACCUGCAAGAACAUCAACAACCCCGAAACCUGCUCCUACUCAAGCUCCUCAGCCAGCAAUGUCAAAUCCUCCUCCCAAGCCUUCAUCGUCUUCUAAGCAAGCAGCCCCAAGUAGGUCAUCUAUCAGAAUCAAGGAAAAGGAAGGGAAAAAAUAGGCUUAUGUACUGUAUGUUGUCUUAUUAGCAUGCCCUAAACUUUAUCGUAUUUGGUUUAUGUUGCAGUCUUUUGCGCAACCUUGAGCUAUGUAACUUGGUUGCUAGCUCUAAUCUUUUGAGAAGAUGAUUAGAGCUAAGUCCCAUUGCAACUUGGUUAACAAACUUUUUGCUCUUAGUCAA